UGACAUCUCUGAAGUGUCAGACAUGUGUUGCCCUUGGAGAUAAAUGUGAAGGAGAGGCUGUGAAGGUGGUGGAGUGCAAAGAAGAUGAAGAAUUUUGUUCUACUGUAGUUGCUAAUACUACUAUAACCAAUAUUGCCAUGAGCUUAAUUGUCAAGGAAUGCUCAACACGUGAGGACUGUUUUGAGAGCCUCUUCAGCACCACAACAGUAGGUGGUAGAUUUGAAGUAGCAAGAGCUAACUGUUGUGACACUGAUGUCUGCAAUGCAGAACCGCUUCUGUUGGAAAAGUAUGAAGAGUUUCAACCAAAUGGAUUACAGUGCCCAGGCUGCUUUGCACUAGAUGAGGAUCACUGUAAAGCCAAUCAAUCUGUAGUCUGUGUUGGCGAAGAGGAUCAGUGUCUUACCAUAACCAGUUCCACAGAGGCUUUUGGAAAUUUCACUGAAAAGUCCACUUACCAAGGAUGUACGACACAGAACCUAUGUUCCUUCCCUCUAGGAUUUUCUGAGAUGGCCGGUGGGCUGAUUCAGUUAAAUAUCACCACUCUGGAAUGCAGAAAUGCAUCUUCUUCUGAACCAGAUCUUCAGUUAUAGUUGGGAAGAGCCGAAGCUUCUUUGCAAUUAUUGGGAAAUUUGUAAAAAAA